AAAACGCUCCUACCUCUGAUAGGAAGGAUCUGCUGUCAGAGCUUGACCUAAUGAAGCAACUCAAACCUCAUCCAUACGUUAUCAAACUACUAGGAUUUGUUGCUGAACCGUUAUUGGUGUUGACUGAGUAUGUUCCAUUUGGAGACCUGCUCGGUUAUUUACGAAAAAGCCGAGGACUAAACGACAGUUACUACAGCAACCCGAAGUUCACAGCAGAAACCAGUUUGACGGCGGAUAAACUGAUGAAGUUUGCUUGGCAAAUUGCCGAUGGAAUGACCUACUUGUCCACUAAAUGUAUAAUUCAUCGAGACCUGGCAGCACGCAACGUGUUGGUUGGAGAAAAUGAGACCUGUAAAGUGACGGACUUUGGAAUGGCCAGAGAUGUGCAGCAAGACAGCAUAUACGAAAUGAAAACUACGGGGCGACUUCCUAUCAAGUGGACUGCAUACGAGUCGCUUUUCUAUGGGACGUACACCACCAAGAGUGACGUGUGGAGUUACGGGAUUGUCCUCUAUGAAAUCUUUACACUGGGUGGAUCGCCAUAUCCUGGUAUGGAAGGAAAAACGGUUCCAGGUUGGCUCAAACUUGGAUAUAGGAUGCCAAAGCCAGUACACAUCGACGACACAUUAUAUCAAGUGAUGUUAGAAUGCUGGCAAAUAGAAGCGAACGAAAGACCGACAUUUUCUAACCUUACAAAGAAACUUAAAGUAAUGGAAAACCAACACAAGAAGCUAAUCCAGAUGGCGAAGUAUGACAACACACUUUAUGUGAAUGUCGACGAUUUAGUUGUCUAGUAUUGAGACGAGACGUUCAUUUCGAAAAGGGACAAAAGGAAAAAACUCAAUUCAUUAAAACACAUGAGCAAUCGGGUUUUGAAGCUCUUUAGAUAACCUUUAGAUAAUCAAUAGGAAAAUCGUCUAAUUAAUGUCGUUUGUACAAAUGAUUUUCGUCAGAUAUUUCUUUUAAGAUUGAUUCAAUACCUUUCUAACCUUUUCCACUUUUUACGACUCACUGAUAUUCUUCUUGUUAGCGUUCAUUAACAGUAUUAAGUUCGUAACAAGUUCAUAUACAAUUUACAGCUGUUUCGAGAAAGUUUGUCGGAAAAAAGGGCAAAAGCGCACCCGACAAUCUCGAAUGGAAAGCUGGGUAUCUUGUAGUCAAUAAAAUUGCUCAAACCGUGGUGCCUCGUCCUGACAGUGACGUCUCCGAAUACAUUAACAUUAAUGUUAGUCCGCUUUUCAAUUUUAUCAUACUGUUUUACAGACACUGGAAAUUCAAUAUCAAAUUGAAUAUAUAAUAAUAACAAAAUCUAAUUACAUUAACUUUAAGUGAGCACUAACUCUGGAAAACAAACAGUUGCCUAUACAGAAACUACUCUCGGGAAAAAAUCUUAGUAGACUUAAAACACCUAAACACCCUUAAUCUCUUUCAAAAGAAACCUUAUUUUCUGUCAUAGCAAUACUCCGAACUGUGUUAUAAAUAUUAUUUUAAAACUGUAAAUCCGUAAUGUACGAGAAAUAAUAAAGUAGAGUAAAAGUAUAGGGGCCUCAACUGCAUUGAGAUCAUGCAGAAGGGAGCUUUUCGAGUUAACUAAUGUUCCAGGUAAGAACUAAGAGAGCUAUUAAAAACAAAUGAGAAGCGGAGGAAUUCGUUGACAAAGUAAUGGACAGGUUUUUUUGAUUGACAAUAUUUCUUAACUCUAUCUUAAAUUUUCUCGACUCUUAGUUCUCUGCCUAUCACACUGCCGACGAACCUUUUUAUUUGCUUCCCUGAUUUCGGUUAUUCGCAUUUUUAUUCUCGACCCAGUUACCUCUCCUAGUUAUUACAUAGAACAUUACGGAUCCUCUUUAAAAAAAAAGAGUACGUCAAGACAGACUUGACAACCAUCAAGUCUCCUGGGUCCAUUUCAUCCAGUUCGGAGAGUGGGACAUUUGCGACGACUUCCCCUGCACUUAUUUUCUUCGUCGUAAACACCUUCUCUUCGCAGGAAUCAGGCAUCAAUACUAUUCUUCAAUACUAUUCUAUAGAAAUGAAGCGCAAAGUAAUUAAUUAAUUAUCUGUGGUGAAUCAAUA